GUAGGGACUUUAGACGUGAGCUCGACGGGUGCAGAGAGCACAGCAGGGCCACUCGUGGUGAGGACUCCAAGCAGACGGCCCCUGCAGGCUCACCCCCAUGUCUGUCCCUCCCUGUCCCCUUCCCAGGGAUAAACUGGCCCUGAGCAGGAACAUCGAGAAGCUGGAGGGAGAGCUCAGCCAGUGGAAGAUCAAGUACGAGGAGCUGAGCAAGACCAAGCAGGAGAUGCUCAAGCAGCUCAGCAUCCUGAAGGAGACGCACCAGGACGAGCUGGGCCGCAUGUCGGAAGACCUGGAGGACGAGCUGGGCGCGCGCUCCAGCAUGGACAGGAAGAUGGCCGAGCUGAGGGGCGAGGUGGGCCGGCCCCGGGCCGGGAGGGCGUCCGGGCCGCCUGCAUGAGC